AUCUGUAACCCAAUUCUCAAUUGCUUCGAUACCACUGCUCUUUCUUCCUCAUUGAUCAUGUUGAGGGACUUUGAGCCUUCGAAACUCCAGGAAUAAAACUUUCCUGUCACCCUCUUAUCCUACACGAACCGUUAUCAGAAGCUAUUUACACACCUAGCUUCUUCACCGCGAAGAAAUAAAUAUUUGGCGGAAAUCUCUGACGAUCUUCCCUCAACGUCCGCACAACGACGAAAUUCGACAGUCGCUGAGCACUUCAGACAGCCCGAAGGGGUCUCAGAGGCUCAGUUGAAUGUCUACCUCGUUGUCUUCUGCAAUGGCCUCCUCGAGCCGCAUCGCAGGCCGGACAUGCUCUCUCUUCCGCCAAGUUCGAGCGCCAGCUAAUCCCGCCCGGAGCUUCACAACUCGAGCGACGGCGAGAUGUCUUCAGCCUAGAAGCCAAGCGCCAGCUAGCAAGAACGCCAGACAUGUGCGGCUUUUCUCCAGCUCGGCAGCCCGCAGGGACCUGUCGGAAAAUGCCCCCAGUGCGAAGGCGUACCUCGAGAGCGGAGUUCUCAAGGGAGCUGCAAACCCCGUCGAUGUCAAGAAGGUCUUGGUCAUUGGAAGUGGUGGUUUGGCCAUUGGUCAAGCAGGAGAGUUCGAUUAUUCAGGGUCUCAAGCUUUGAAGGCGUUGAAAGAGGCCGGCGUGGCCUCCGUCCUCGUCAACCCGAACAUCGCAACCAUCCAGACCGCCCACGUCCUUGCCGAUGAAGUCUAUUACCUGCCCGUUACUCCAGAAUACGUGACAUAUGUCAUCGAGCGAGAGAGACCAGAUGGUAUUUUCCUUACCUUUGGUGGUCAAACUGCCCUGAACCUUGGUGUCCAAAUGGAGCGAAUGGGAAUCUUCGAGCGUUACGGUGUCAAGGUCUUGGGCACAAGCAUCAAGACCCUCGAGACCAGUGAGGAUAGAGAUCUCUUCGCCAAGGCUCUUGGUGAGAUCAAUAUCCCAAUUGCUCAAUCAAUCGCUGUCAGCACCGUGGACGAAGCGUUGGAGGCAGCGCGGGGAAUCGGAUAUCCUAUCAUCGUUCGCGCUGCUUAUGCCCUUGGUGGUCUUGGAUCCGGGUUUGCGAACAAUGAGGAGGAGCUCCGGAAUUUGUCCGCAAGAUCCCUUACUCUGUCUCCUCAAAUCUUGGUUGAGAAAUCUCUUAAAGGCUGGAAAGAAGUUGAAUAUGAAGUCGUCCGUGAUGCAAGCAACAACUGCAUCACUGUCUGCAACAUGGAGAACUUCGACCCUCUUGGUAUUCACACCGGUGAUUCGAUCGUCGUGGCACCUAGUCAAACUCUGAGCGACGAGGAAUAUCACAUGCUCCGUUCUGCUGCCAUCAAAAUCGUCCGACACCUGGGUGUAGUGGGCGAGUGUAACGUUCAAUACGCACUGCAACCUGACGGACUUGACUACCGUGUCAUCGAAGUCAACGCUCGUCUCUCCCGUUCCUCUGCUCUUGCUUCCAAAGCGACUGGAUAUCCCCUUGCGUAUACUGCGGCAAAAAUCGGACUCGGCCAUACUCUACCUGAAUUACCCAACGCUGUUACCAAAACCACCACUGCAAACUUCGAGCCAUCGCUGGAUUACAUCGUGACCAAAAUCCCACGAUGGGACUUGUCUAAGUUUCAGCAUGUUAAGCGUGACAUCGGUAGUGCUAUGAAGUCUGUUGGAGAAGUCAUGGCCAUUGGUAGAACUUUCGAAGAAUCAAUCCAGAAGGCUAUCCGACAGGUUGAUCCCCGGUAUGUUGGUUUCCAAGGUGACAAAUUCGAUGACCUCGACUACGAACUCGCGAACCCCUCUGACCGCCGAUGGCUUGCCGUUGGCCAGGCCAUGCUGCAUGAGAACUACUCUGUCGAACGUGUCCAUGAGCUGUCCAAGAUUGACAAAUGGUUCUUGUACAAGCUUCAGAACAUUGUCGACUGCACCCGCGAGCUCGAGGAAAUCGGAAGUCUGUACGGUUUAAAGAAGGAAAUUAUCAUGAAGGCAAAGAAGCUCGGUUUCUCUGACAAACAGAUCGCAAUGGCCGUAGGAAGCACUGAAGAUGAAGUCAGAGCUCGCCGAAAGAACUUUGGUAUCACGCCAUUUGUUAAGAAGAUCGAUACUCUUGCCGCUGAAUUCCCUGCCGACACCAACUACCUGUACACCACCUACAACGCAACUUCUCACGAUGUUUCCUUUGAUGACCACGGAAUCAUUAUCCUUGGAAGCGGUGUCUACAGAAUUGGUAGCUCUGUUGAAUUCGAUUGGUGUGCUGUCAGUGCAACUCUUGCUCUGAAAGAUAUGGGCAAGAAGACCGUCAUGAUCAAUUACAACCCCGAGACCUACUCCACGGACUUUGAUACCGCUGAUAAGCUCUACUUCGAGGAGUUGAGCUACGAACGUGUCAUGGAUAUCUACGAACUGGAAGCUGCUAGCGGUGUUGUCGUUUCUGUCGGCGGUCAACUACCCCAGAACAUCGCCCUACGUCUCCAAGAGAGUGGCCACGCAAAGAUCCUUGGUACUGACCCGAAAGACAUCGACAAGGCAGAAGACAGACAAAAGUUCUCCGAGAUCUUGGACAGCAUCGGUAUCGAUCAGCCCGCCUGGAAGGAACUCACUUCAGUGGCCGAUGCUGAAGCUUUCGCCGAAGAAGUCAGCUAUCCUGUUCUUGUCCGACCUAGCUAUGUUCUCUCUGGUGCUGCCAUGACUGUCAUUCGCAGCAAGGAUGAAUUGAAAGAAAAGCUCGAGGCGGCCAGCAAUGUGUCACCUGAUCAUCCUGUUGUUAUCUCCAAGUUCAUUGAAGGUGCACAAGAAAUUGACGUUGAUGCUGUGGGAUCUAACGGCAAACUCAUUAUCCAUGCCAUCAGUGAACACGUCGAGCAAGCUGGUGUUCACUCUGGUGAUGCAACACUUGUCCUUCCUCCUGCAUCUCUCGACCAAACUACUAUGGACCGCGUCAAGGAAAUUGCUAGCAAGGUUGCCAAAGCCUGGAACAUUACCGGACCUUUCAAUAUGCAGAUCAUCAAAGCCGAAGAUCCAAAUGGAGGUCUUCCUCAAUUGAAGGUCAUUGAGUGUAACUUGCGUGCAUCCCGGUCAUUCCCAUUCGUCAGCAAAGUCCUUGGUCUCAACUUCAUCGACGUCGCAACCAAAGCUCUCGUUGGCAGAGAUGUCCCUGAACCAACUGAUCUCAUGGCCGUCAAGCGCGACUACCUUGCAACCAAAGUACCACAAUUCUCCUGGACUCGUCUCGCUGGUGCUGACCCCUUCUUGGGUGUCGAAAUGUCCAGCACUGGUGAACUUGCCUGCUUCGGUAAGGAUCUUGUGGAAGCUUACUGGACUUCUCUCCAAUCGACCAUGAACUUCCGCAUGCCAGAACCAGGGGAGGGUCUUCUCUUUGGUGGAGACAUCACCAAGCCUGUUCUUGCCCGCAUUGUUGACUACCUUGCUCCGCUUGGCUACAAGCUCUAUGCCGCUGAGAAGGAAGUCAAGGAUUUCCUUGAAAAGACCACCAAGAAUGACGUUAGCGUUCAAGUCAUCGAGUUCCCUAAGGAAGACAAGCGAGCUUUGAGGGAGGUUUUCCAGAAGAACGAUAUUCGUGGAGUCUUCAACUUGGCCCUGACUAGAGGAAAGACUGUUCUGGAUGUUGAUUACGUUAUGCGCAGAAAUGCGGUGGACUUCGGCGUGCCGUUGUUCAUGGAGCCCAAGACUGCUGAGCUCUUCGCGCAAUGUAUGAGCGAGAAGCUUCCACGGAAGGAGGGUAUCCCACCGGAGGUCCGCAGGUGGUCUGAUUUCAUCGGUGGCAAGCCAUUGUAG